AUGGACCCUCUCGAUCACAAUCACUUGGUCACAUUUCUAUCCGAAGCACUGCUAUUGAUCCCUCACGGGCCUUACAAGACACUGCAGAUACACUCCGCGCCCUUCUCGAUAAAAAAUCCCCCCGUCCGAUCGGCACUUCUUCACAAGCCGUACAUAGAUCUUUCCGAAGCCAUUGUGACAUACCGAACCGCCAAUAUCGAUCCCCUGGAUUUAACAUUAACCAGAAAUGGCAUAGAAAAAACUAUUAUUCGUCUAGCAGGAGAUUCACACAUACAAAACGAUCCAUUCGCAUAUCUUUCCGGUCUACUUCAAACGCUUACUUCAGCAAAGUAUCCUACACCCGAAGAUUUGGAAUUGGCCUUGCGCGUAUAUGCAGAAAUGCGACCUUCGUUUGGGCGUAAACCGACACGGGACGAUACCCUCUGUCUAGCUCGCGCCCGGGCGAUGCUUAGACAGCCAGUGGAGGCACUCGAGAUCGUCACCACCCUGGCACCUCCACCAGAGCCCGAUUCGGAUGUAUGGCCCUUGAUCGCAUGCGCUAUUGUUCUUGUGAGCGAAGAUCGGGGAAGAAAUUCAGCAGACGAGGUUCGAGCAUUGAUCCAGAAGAUGGCAGACAUAGGCGUCGAACGCCUCCUGGAGCCUGAGUCAGUGGGCAAGGAGCCACGCGUUUGGUCAACCGCCCUCGAGGUCCUAUUGAAUUCCGAUAACCAGGAGCUGAGAAAGGAGGUAGCGGAGAAGCUUGAAAAGAUUGUAGGGACCCAAAACAUAACAGAUACUCAUGUCUGGGCCUCUCUUAUGGUUUAUGUCGGACGAGUGGAGAGCCAGAAAGACAAGAAUGCGCCGUAUGAGGUGUUGAGAGCGUUCGAUGCAGCUGGCGAUUGCCGGAUUCCAAAGCUAGAAAACGAAAUAGGAGUACCAGCUGAUGAUCUCGCGUGGGGCGUAAUCGUCGACGCUGCCAUUGAGCGAAUCGGAGAACAAGUCGGGCCUGAAACAGAAGACACGGGUAUUGUAGGAGUUUGGACAGCCGCUUCCGAGAGUGGGGUCAACCUGACAAGCACGGUGCUUGACCGGGUGGUUGCGAGGGAGGACAUACCAAUCAUCGAUCGUUUAUGGGCAUACAAGGUAGUACAUGCUGCGUGGCCCGUCGAUAAAGAGAAGGACAGACCUGAAGGCGAAGAAGGGACCAAUAUCGACAAAUGGAUGCGGAGAGAGGACGCUAUCACUGUCCCUGGGCCGACGGUCAGGACAUACUCUGCUUUGUUGAGAGCUCUAGCCUCGCGGAAGGGGAACGAAUUAAACAGGAUAAGCGCAUCUACUGCAGCAGUUGAGCUUCUUACCGAUAUGCGCCAACGAGGCAUCAAAUUCCCUCAGAUCGCUCAAGCACCGACAACUCCUCGGUCUGGCAAUGCUAUUCGACAAACGGCAGCCCCUGCUCCUCUUUCUGCACUCGCGUCUCUUACGAUACUUUUGAUGCAAAAUGCACCCUCUCAUGAAGCGGCUUUCAAGACAUACGCUUAUGCGUGCGUCAUUGAUCCCAACUCGGGUUCAUUUGGAGAACGGGAGUACCGCGCCAUCUUAAAAGCCUUUGCAGGGUUGAAGAUUCCACGAGAUGUAGAUGAGCUUCUCCGACAGGGAGGCGAAGAACUGAGGUAUAUGCGCCUCCUCCUGCGGCACUAUUACGAAAUCAUGCGAGAUAUGCAACGCGCGGGAUAUGUCAUCCAGCCAGCUGAAUAUUCGACUGUUCUUCGGGCGUAUGCGAACUCUUCUCUCGAUCCUCCAGGCGAAUUCGAACCAACCUCGAGUCUAUUAAACUCGUUGAUGCUCGCAUAUGGUCGUGUAAGUGCACUCGACAGCGUCCUCGCAAUCUGGGAACGAAUCCGCGAUCGAGGAUGGGACAACGCAUCUGCUUCGAUCGUCAUUGAUGCCCUGGGUCGAUCUGGACGCUCAAACCUUCAAAGGGCACGAAUGAUAUGGGACACGCUUCGACGAAGACAUGGUUCCAAACUUACAGUCAACAACUACACCGCAUGGGUCGAGACACUCUGUCGUUUGGGCGAGUUUUCAGAAGCGGAACGAGUGGUGUUUAUUGAUAUGAGGGGGAACAUCAAGCCGGAUGAGAAGACUUUAAGGACAUUGGUAUCAUUUGCUUGGAGGACUGGGAGGCAGGCAAAGGUUUUGGAGGACAUUGCCACUUUGUCCUCGGUCACCACGAGGCGGUCUUCUGGAUUGUGUGUGAUCUACUUGCUCCUCGUAUAUAUUCUUGUUAGACUAAGUGCAGCGUCUGUGAUGGACCCAUACGCAGGCGCCUCGACCGGGUCACUAUUCGCUCCGUUACCCAAAGCAUAUCCGUCUACGCGCCUCUCGCCCUCUAUACUUACCCACCGCCAGGGCUCUAAUUCGCCAAUGCCUGCUCGCCCAGACUCUCUCGACGAUCCGUUUUUCACCCCGAACUCAAUGAUCCAGUCGGCGCCUAUCCCCCACACAUCAGUCCCAUUUGCUCCCACCGAGCUUGCCGUUCUCCAGCGCUGGAGCCAAGUAUAUCAUUCUCAUCGAGCACGCUGCCCUGUUGGUCCUCCACCCGGCAUGCCGGCCGCUGUCUACGAGAUUUUCGAGCGCUUGGGCGGCGCUGCUCCGUUUGCUGGACAACAAGUCGUUACCUCUACUACUGUCGCCGAUUUUUCCCAAGAUCCUGCCAGCGCAACUAGCUCACAAAAUACGUCCACAACCGUCGACGAGGCCGAACCGUUCCGGCCUGAAGCCUGGUCCUCGGGCACCGCGAUCGAUUCGCAGCCUACCCCCGGACUUUACCGAUCUCCAGAGGGCGAUGCGGCCAGCAUACCUUCCUCUUCUCCUACGAAUACCAUUCGAUCCACCGGUAGCGCUCGUCCUGCCCAUGUUUUUGGCGCUGGAGCCGGUAUGAGGGUCGGCAGUUCUCCGUCGUAUGGCGCUUUGGACCAGCACAUGCGCGCACUUGAGCUCAAGCGGGGAAUGAAAAAGAAUGCCGCGCCUAUGCGCGCGGCGAGCGGAAGCAGACCUUCCAGCAGCGUUCGAUCAAGUCCCUUGGUUGGAAUGAAAAGUUCUACCCCCUCGAGACAGUCUUCGCCCUUGGUCGGCCUGUCGGGUGCAGAUGGACAACCGGCAUUUGAGCCCAUGGGAUUUCAGACGUUUGGAACCCAACUGGCGGUCCAGCAGGCAACCGUCUAUGGUUCUGCUGAUGCCCAACAACAGUCGUUUAGUUUCGCGGCAGGUUAUGAUGCUGAUCAAUCGUAUACGGAGGCACCAAGCACGAUUUUAGAUGCACAGGGGAAGGCGGAGGAAGAGGGCGACAGUACUGCCCAACAACAGUCAUGCACAGGGGAAGGCGGAGGAAGAGGGCGAGAGAUCGAUCACUGCUGGGCCGUUAUUGGCUGCGGCGACGACCUACUUCCAAUCCCUCCAAAUCUUAGUACUGCGGCAGUGUCUGCCGGUUCUGAGGGUGGAAAUAUUGCUCCUGCCAAAGAAAAAGCCAAAUCUCGAGCGACGGUUGCCGCCUCGGAUCGCACGACCCAAAUACGUUAA